AUGAGCCUAGAACACACUUGUGGGAGGGUCGACAAGUUGAAGUAUGCCUCAUCCAAGUGGCUUUGCAAUAGGUAUUCUAAGAAACUGAAGAGAGACACAGACUUGGAUGUGAAAUCAUUGCAAGAGGAUGUUUUGGAUGAUUAUUGUAUGAAUGUCACAAGACAUCAAAUAUAUAGGGCCAAAAAGAGGGCCAAACUAAUUAUUGAAGGGAGUUACAAAGAACAAUAUGCUAGGUUAAGGGAUUAUGCAGAGGAAUUGAAGAAGGCAAACAAAGGAAAUGGAUGCAGACCAGUUAUUGGUCUUGAUGGGUGCCAUGUAAAAGGUCCUUAUCCUGGCCAGAUUUUGACAGCAGUUAGGGUGGAUGGCAACAAUGGCAGUUUCCCAAUUGCUUAUGCAGUUGUUGAGAUCGAAAGCAAACAAUCGUGGAUCUGGUUUCUUAGGCUGUUGAUUGAAGAUCUAAAGAUUACAAAUGUUGUUGAGAUUGAAAGCAAACAAUCGUGGAUCUGGUUUCUUAGGCUGCUGAUUGAAGAUCUAAAGAUUACAAAUGGUUUGUCAUAUGUCUUCAUUAGCGACAAGCAAAAGGGACUCAUACCUGCAAUUGAGACUCUACUUCCAACUGUAGAGCACAGGAUGUGUGUUAGACACUUAUAUAAUAACUUUAGAUCAUCACACUCUGGUGUUGCUCUAAAACACAUAUUGUGGGCUGCAGCAAGAGCCACAACUAUGCCUUGGUGGGAAGCAGAAAUGGAAAAUAUGAAACAAGAGGAUGAGGAAGCGUGGGAAUGGCUCAGUAAGAGACCUGCAAAGAAUUGGAGUAGAUCUCACUUUGAUACACGGUUUAAGUGUGAUAUGUUGUUGAACAAUCUUUGUGAAAGUUUCAAUUCAGCAAUAGUAGAUGCAAGAGAUCAGUCCAUUUUGACUUGCUUGGAGAGGAUAAGAGUUCUUGUGAUGCUUAGGAUGGCAAAUAGAAGGGCUGCAUGUCCGAAAUGGAAACAUCCAGUUGGGCCAAGAAUCUUCAAGAUAAUUGAGAAAAACAAGUUAGAUGCCUCCACAUGCAUUCCUCGACUGGCAGGCUUGCAAACAUAUCAAGUGACCCACAUGUAUGGUGGAGAAUUUGUUGUGGAUCUUAGGGCAAGGACAUGUUCUUGUCGGAGGUGGGAUUUAUGUGGGAUACCAUGUGGCCAUGCAAUUUCUGCAAUUUUUCAAAGGGAUGAAAGCCCCAUUGAUUAUGUGGAUGAAUGUUACAAGCCUGCAACUUAUAUGAAGUCAUAUGGACCAAUGAUUUAUCCCAUCCCUUCAAUGGAUCAAUGGGCUAAAUCUGGGCAUCCUCCAAUACAUCCCCCAACUGUUAGGGUACAGCCAGGAAGGCCCAAAAAAACUAGGUCCAAAGAACCUGCUGAAAUUGUGGUACCACCACCCCCCCCACCACAUCCAAUGCCUCCAAAUUAUGUUCAACCAAGAGACAAGCUUAGAAGACUUUUUAUUAAGAUCACAUGUAGGAGAUGUGGUCAAAGUGGCCAUAAUAGGGCAACUUGUGACAGACAUAGCUCAGAAAAGCAACAGGCAAAUGCAUCUUUUGCCCAAAAAGAGGUCCACACUGAGGGAGGGGCAGUUAGAGUGAGGGGCAGAGGCCGAGGAAGAGGAAUAGCCAAUAAGGCUCCAGCUGUUGCAAAAGAAGUUGCUACUUCUUCACAAAGUGGCAAGAGGUAUAAGAGGUUGGCCAAGAAGUAUGCUAAGAGAUAUGGGAAAAAGUUCAGAACUUAUAUUGGUCCUCUUUCUUUAGUUGGCAAGAGGUGUGGGAAGAGGUUUGCCAAGAACUAUGGUCAGAGGUUUGGCAAGAGGUUUGGCAAGAGGAGGAACAUUCAAAAGGGCUGCUAUUAG